AUUUUUCAAACACUCCUACAUCCAAACCUUGAGUUAACGAGUCAGUAUUGUUUGGCCCACUUAAACGCACAAUAUAUCAAUUCCUGGCAAUGGAUCCACCAAUACCCUACCCCACUCUCCAAACCUGGAAAUCCCAAUGCCACUCCCUAGACUCCUCGCUCUUCCUCCUCACCCUCCCAAAAAUAGAACUUCACGUGCACCUCGAAGGAACCCUCACACCCUCCCUCCGAUUCGCACUCGCCCGCCGAAACAACAUCCCCCUCCACUCCUCCCGCUUGAACAAAGAUUUCCACACCUUAGACGAGCUACAAGAAGCCUAUAACCUGCUCCAGCCCAGAAGCGUGAAGGGCAGAGGUGUGAGUGCCUUCUUCGAAGCCUAUUAUGGCGGCAUGGAAGUCUUGAGAACGGAGGAGGAUUUCUAUGAGCUGGCUAUGGCGUAUUUUGACAAGGCGAAAGCGAUGAAUGUGAGAUAUGCGGAAGUGAUGUUUGAUUUGCAAGCGCAUACGAGAAGGGGAGUUGGUGUGGAGACCGUGAUGGUAGCAUUGAGAAGAGCAAGGGAAGAUGCUGAGAAGCAUCUGGAUGUCAAAAGUAAUUUCAUCGCCUGUUUCUUGCGAGAUCAGAGUCUCGAGUCAGCGUUGACGCACUACGAGCUCCUGGUCCCGUACCACGAUAUUAUCGUCGGCGUCGGCCUCGAUGGCAACGAGUUUGAGCGGCCGCCGAUGUUGUUCGACGAGUUGUUCAAAAGAGCGAGAAGGGACGGGUUGAGGAUUACGGCGCAUUGUGAUGUCAAGCAGCCGAACACACUUACUAAUAUCAGGCAGGUUGUUGAGGAGAUAGGAGGAACGGGUGCGGACCGAGUGGAUCAUGGGCUCGACGCAGCUGCAGAUGCGAGUCUGGUACAGGCAAUCAAAGCUAAGGGGACAGGUAUGACGCUCUGUCCUUGGGCUUACGUCAGGCACCAUACGGAGCAGGACUUGUUCGGGUUCUUGAGGGUGUUGAAGGAUGAGCAGGUGAAGAUCUGUAUAAGUUGUGAUAGCCCGGCUUAUGUAGAGGAUAAUUGGGUAUUGCAGAAUUUGUCUUUGUUAAGACUGAGAGGAGGAUUGACAGAUGAAGAACUUUUGGGUGCGCAGAGAGAUGCAAUAGAGAUGUGUUGGGCAAGUGAAGGUGUGAAGACAUGUUUGAGGGAGGACAUUCAUAGGUUCUGCGAGAUUUCCAGCACUUUAUAGACCGUUGAGUAGAUCAAGAAGAGAGCAG